GCUCUCGGUCCCGGUGAUUGGUAGGUAAGUAGGCAGUCUACCAGUAUCUAGUCCUCCUCUGCUCCGGACAACAGCAGCGGUCACAUCUCCUGUCUUCUUCCCACUGAGUGAAGCCCUGCUCGCUGCCAGAGAUGGCUCGGACCGCCGUGGUUGUCCUCCUGUUUUCGGUCGUGCUGUCCGUUGUGUCUGCCGGAGUUUUUUUCAACCCGAAGGAGCCUUGUUAUGUUCGCAAACCGAGGAAAGACGGCGUCGGAGUGAGGACCGUGCCUCGUCCUCAUGAGUAUUUGAACAUUGCUGACCUGCCCAAGGAGUGGGACUGGAGGAACAUCAAAGGCAUCAACUACGUCAGCACGACUCGCAACCAGCACAUUCCCCAGUACUGUGGCUCAUGCUGGGCACAUGGCAGCACCAGUGCCAUGGCAGAUCGCAUCAACAUCAAGCGGAAAGGAGCGUGGCCAUCGGCCUACCUCUCUGUCCAGCAUGUGAUUGACUGCGGUAAUGCAGGCUCCUGCCAUGGAGGAGAUCAUACCGGAGUUUGGGAGUACGCCAACACACACGGCAUCCCUGAUGAGACGUGCAACAACUACCAGGCUAAAGACCAGGAAUGCAAGCCCUUCAACCAGUGUGGCACCUGCACCACCUUCGGAGUGUGCAAUAUUGUCAGCAACUUCACUCUAUGGAAAGUGGGAGAUUAUGGAUCCGUUAAUGGGAGAGAGAAGAUGAUGGCAGAGAUUUACGCUAGAGGACCGAUCAGCUGUGGGAUCAUGGCUACAGAUAAGCUGGAUGCGUACACUGGAGGUGUCUACUCUGAAUACCAGGACGAGGCUUUCAUCAACCACAUCGUGUCAGUGGCAGGAUGGGGAGUGGAAAACGGCGUUGAAUACUGGAUCGUUCGCAACUCCUGGGGAGAGCCGUGGGGUGAGAAAGGCUGGCUCAGGAUCGUGACCAGCGCCUACAAGGGAGGUAGCGGUAGCCAUUACAACCUGGCUUUGGAGGAGGACUGCAUGUAUGGAGACCCAAUUGUCCCUAAGGGCUACCACUAGAGCCUGCACACGCCCAUAUCUUUCUGUCUGGGGUGGAGAGAAGCUUUUUAUAUAGUGAUGAUGAAAAAGGGAAUGAAUUCAGGGUUUUAUUUUAUUUUUUUUAGGAAAUUAUUUCUAAACUUGUAAUCAGUGCCGUGCUCACAUUUGAUGCAGAUGAUCCAAUUUCUACCACAGGACAGGAGGUCUGUAGGCUGUUUAACAGCCACAAACUUAAUCAAUGGGAGGAGCAACACUCAUCAGUACAACUCAUUUCUAUGCUACAAGAGACAUAAACACUGCAUGCUCAGUUAUAGCAUUAUAGACACUGAGUUUACUUUUUUACAUUAGGAGGAUAUGGAAGUUUUUUUGUGAGAUAUAAAUGCAAACUUAGCCAAAGAACACAGUGAUGAGUUUAUUCUGUGCUGCUGCACUGCUGAAUACUUUCAGUGUGUGGUGUCAACACUUCCAAAGAUAUUGCACUACACAGUUUUUGAUUUCAAUGCACUGAGGAAAAUAAAACAAUGUGCCUUAUAUGCACUUGAUUUCCAGUAGAGAUUAAUAAAAAAGUCCUGUUUGUUUUUCACACUGAUUAAUUUUAGUACUAAUCAGAAUAUUUGCUUUGUUGCCGUCUGUGCCAAUAAACACAAUACUUCGCAC